AUGGCCGAGCAAACCUUCAUCAUGAUCAAGCCUGAUGGCGUUCAGAGAGGCCUUAUUGGCGAGAUCAUUAGCAGAUUUGAGAAGAAAGGUUUCUACUUGAAAGGUUUGAAACUUGUUACUGUCGAUCGUCCUUUUGCUGAAAAGCACUAUGCUGAUUUGUCUGCCAAGCCUUUCUUCAGUGGAUUGGUGGAUUACAUUAUCUCUGGCCCUGUUGUUGCCAUGAUUUGGGAGGGAAAGAAUGUUGUGGUUACUGGCCGAAAGAUCAUUGGAGCCACUAACCCAGCUCAAUCUGAGCCUGGAACUAUUCGUGGUGACUUUGCUAUUGACAUUGGAAGGAAUGUUAUCCAUGGAAGUGAUUCAGUUGAGAGUGCUCACAAGGAAAUUGCAUUGUGGUUCCCUGAGGGCCCUGCUAACUGGCAAAGCUCCCAACACUCUUGGAUCUAUGAGUAA